AUGCAGAGCUUCCUGAAGCUGCUGAGGGGGAGUGAGGGCGCCGGCCCGCCCUUGGCGGAGCUGGUGACCCUCGCAGGCAGGCUGUGCCGCGACCUCCAGGACGACCCCAUCCAGGUGCAGCCCUUGGUCACGGCCGUGCUGGACAGCCAGCUCCGCCUGCACCUCCUGGACAAUGCGGACGUGGCCCUGGUGUGCGCCCGCGUGCUGACCCAGCAGGAGCAGCACCAGGACGCCUGCCGGCUGCUGGAGGGCUGCCGGGUGCCGGGUGGCAGCCAGGAGCUGGUGCAGCUCUGGAACGACAUCCACUACCGUCUGGUCAUGAAGCGCCUGGGUGUGGCCACGCUGACCCCGGUGCAGAGGUUCCGCUGCAGGAAGAGGAACCCACCACCCCCAGCCCUCUGUCCUGGCGGCCUGAAGAGCCGGAACUUUUCCACAGAGGUUCGCCAGAAGCUGCAUGAUUUCGCUUCCGGCGUGAGCACCAACCCCAGCAAGGCUGAGCGGGAGAGCCUGGCCUCGGAGACGAGCCUGAGCGCCGAGCAGGUCUACAACUGGUUCGCCAACUACCGGCGGCGCCAGCGCGCCCUUCUGCAGCGCGCGGAGCCGGCCCCGGACGCGGCUGCGGACCCCGGUGCGAGGGCGAGGGUCCCGCACGCCCCGGGGCCCCCGGGCCGCCCCCGCGUGGGCUCCGGGCGUGGGCACCGGCCUCUGUGGUCAGCAGGACCUGAGGAAAAUGGGCCUGUACAGUCUCCGGAGACGACCCAAGGGCCAUGGGAGCCUCUGGCCCUGUCCCUGGACUUCUCUGGAGAUGAGACUAUGCCACAGCCAGUGGCUCCCAGAGGCAAUUCCCGGAGCACGUACCUGGAGGAGGGUCCAGGCACGAGUGGUGGCCACGCAGAACAACAGGCAGGCAGCUUCCUGGUGACACAGCCCCCACCGCAGGCUCCCGAAUUCAUCCUCACCCCGAGCGCCCCAGAGCUGGCACCGGCCCCGUCUGCCUUCCCCGGCCCUGUGUCCACUGUGGAGCUGAGCCAGCCCCUGCCCUCCAGCCAGGCGCAGUGGCCCGACAGCCAGGCCUCCAGUGAUGCCUUCUGGGGAGCCAGGAUGCUCCUCGAGCUUUCAGGGGGUAACCUGGGCUGAGCUGCCCCUUGGGAACCCAGCCAGUGCCCAGGGGAGCAGGUGUGGACACCCGGCUGUUCAACACAAGUUACAGUUUUAUCCAGACUGAAAAAAAGGUUCCCC